UGCGGUAGAUGGCUGGGGGCAGCCAGCUCACGUAGCCGCCCUCGAAGAUCCGCACGUUGGCGUCGUAGGCCACACCGAACUGGCCGUCAAUGCUGUGGGCUCAGGGAAACCGAGCUCUUGGCACGGGUCUGCGCACCCCUGCAAGCACCCCAUGCCCCAACCCAAGUGCAAUAGGAAAGUUGGAGAGAGAAGAGCCAAAAGGAGGGCUUGGGGGAAAGUUGUGGACGGAGGUGAUAAGGGCCUGUGUCCAGGAGGGAGACUGUUCCCCGGGUCCCAGGAGCCCCUAUCAAGCUGGCAUUUCCUCCCCAUCCCCAUCCCCUUCCUGCCACUGGCCAAGCCCUCCCUGGAGCUGGAAGAGAGAAGGACUGAGUCACACCCUGGAAGAAGCUCUGUGCCUUCGGAGGUCUUUCUGCCUGCCUGUCCCCAUGCCUCUCCUCCUCUUGCUGCUCCUGCUGCCAAGCCCCUCACACCUCCAACACGUCUGUGAGGUCUCCAUAGUGGCCAGCCAGGUAGAAGUGAACUGUGAUGAGAAGAAACUGACAGUACUGCCUCCAGACCUGCCAGCGAACAUAACCAUCCUCCACCUGGGUAAGAACCCUCUGGAGACCUUCUCCACAGCUUCCCUGGUGACUUUCACUCGCCUCACUCGGCUGUACUUGGAUAGAAGCAAGCUGGCCAGUCUACAGACUGAUGAGACGCUGCCGCUGCUGGAGACCCUGGAUCUAUCUCACAAUAUGCUGAAGAAGCUGCCCUCACUGGGGCAGGCACUACCUAACCUCAUUACCCUGGACGUCUCCUUCAACCAGCUGGACUCAUUGUCUCCUGGGGCCCUGGAAGGCCUGAACCAACUCCAUGAACUCUCCCUGCGUGGCAAUAACCUGGCGACUCUGCCCCCAGGGCUCCUGGCACCCACAACCCAGCUGCAGAAGCUCAAUCUGGCUGACAACAACUUGCAUGAGCUGCCCCAUGGGCUCCUGGAUGGGUUGGAGGAACUUGACACCCUCUACCUUCAAGGGAACAUGCUGCGCACGAUACCAAAAGGCUUCUUUGGGAACCAUCUCCUGCCUUUUGCCUUUCUUCAUGGCAACCACUGGCAAUGCAACUGUGAGAUCCUCUAUUUCCGUCGCUGGCUGGAGAACAAUGACAACAAUGUCUACAUAUGGAAGGAGGGUGUGGAUGUCAAGGCCAUGACCCCCAACGUGAGCAGUGUGCAGUGUUACAAUCUGGACAAUAUCCCCGUCAGCAGCUUCCCAGGGAAGGACUGCCCCACCCUCGGUGAUGUGGACAGUGCAGAAGACUAUGAUGUCUAUUCAGAAGUGGACACUGAGGGUGCUAAGUUGUCUAUCCCUGGGACGGUGGUCAAGUUCUCUAUCAACACCGAAGCUCACACAACCCACUGGGGCCUACUCUAUCCACAAUCCACUGCUUCUCUAGACAGCCAAAUUCCCUCCUUGCUUCCGACCCAAGAAUCCACUAAGAAACAGACCACAUUCCUAACCAGAUGGAUCCCAAAUUUCACCAUGUUCCCGGCUACCAAGGAAUCCAUCCCAUUCUCCAAAACCCCGAAGCCCACCACAACCCCACAGCCCACCACAGCACUGACUACACCAGAGCACACAACCUCAACCACCCUGGAGCCCACCACAACCCCAACCACCCCAAAGCCCACCACUAAACCCACCACAACCCCAACCACCCCAGAGCCCACCACAGCACCGACCACACCAGAGCACACAACCUCAACCACCCUGGAGCCCACCACAACCCCACCCACCCCAAAGCUCACCACAACCCUGACUACCCCAGAACACACAACCUCAACCAUCCCAGAGCCCGCCACAGCCCCAACCACCCUGGAGCCCACCUUACUCUCUACUACCUUAGAAUCCACCACAAUGUUCAUCUCUAAAACUGCCAACACUUCAAAGGUCCGUGGAAUGGCUCGAAGGAAUUUGGAUAGCUUCAGAACUGACCCUUUCCUCAAUCCUGACUUGUGCUGCCUUCUCUCCCUGGGCUUCUAUGUCUUGGGUCUCCUCUGGCUCCUGUGUGCUUCUGUGGUCCUUAUCCUGCUGCUGACCUGGGUUCAGCAUGUGAACCUACGGGCCCUGGACUCUGCCCAGCACGCUGCUCUGGCCACAGCCACGCAAACCUCACAUGUGGAGGUGCAGAAGGGAAGGCAAGUGACAGUGCCCCGGGCCUGGCUGCUCUUCCUUCAAGGCUCACUCCCCACUUUCCGCUCCAGCCUCUUCCUGUGGGUGCGGCCUAGUGGUCGUGUGGGGCCUCUCAUAGCGGGACGGCGGCCCUCAGCCCUGAGUCAGAGUCGUGGUCAGGACCUGCUGGGCACAGUGGGCAUUAGGUACUCUGGCCACAGCCUCUGAUGGUGGGAGGUCCAGGGACCUUGAGAAAGGCUCCAGUGAGGUUUUUAUUGGGGUCUAGUGGGGGUGGGUGGGUAAGGAGCAUGCGGUCAUAGGGAGGUCUUAGUUACUUUUCCUUUAUGAGAAGCCCCCUCUUCACACCACAGGCACACAAACUCAGACCCAGCAAAUGAGGAGGUAAUGAGAUGGAGGUGCUGGGGGUGGUCAUAGAACAAAGCUCCCUACACUGCAUGGGAGCUGCCAGACCACAUGGUUAUUACCAGCACUUUUGGGAAGUUUUUAGGAAAAAAACAAGUGAAUAGAAUAGAGCAUGCGUGGUUUGCACAUGCUUCUGUGCAUAGAAUAAAAUUUGGAAAGCCAUUUAUCAAGAUGUGAGUUACAAGUAUGGGUGGUUUUAUUAUUAUUUUUCCUCUGCUUAGCAUUUCUUAGUUUUCCACCAUUAUUGUACAUUAUUUAUAUAAUAAAAAGUAGUUUUAAAAAGAAAA